CACAAGGACGGGUUCUUAUCUGGGAUCCCCACUCGUUAUAUUCCGUCCAAUUCAAGCUUUUGCUGCUUCUGCGUUUUGUUCUUAAAGUGUGUUUUGAAGGAGGGAAACGCAACGGAUAUGUUUCUAACCUAGAAGUGAUUACUGCGCGGCGUCUGUGGACACAUGGGAAUUACUAGGAAAACAGGACGGAGACACAGGAAAACAACAAUGUGGAGAGGCGCGCUGCUCUUCAACGUACUAAUGUUCGUCCACGUCAGUUCAACAGGUGAAACAGACACGUGUGGACUAUCGGCGUUUACCCACGUCCCCCAACGUGACUGUAGCGGGUCGGACAUUACCAGGCACGCGGGCGUGAGUCUUCAGUUCUGUGCAGAGGCGUGCUGUGGAGACCCGUCAUGCCUGUCGUUCCAGUACAACACCGUGUCAACCUGCUACCUGAAAAGCAAACUCUGCUCUGCAGGGGAGAAAACGCAUUCAUCGAUGGGCAACAUGUACGAUCGGACAGUGUCAGAGUGUACCUAUUGGACUCCAUGGUUUAACCGUGACGAUCCCAGCGGUUCCCAAGACAACGAAUCGUUGUCCAAUCUUCGGCGGAACUACCCCGGAGAAAUCUGCUCCGAUCCCUCGGCUAUCCAGGCCCGUGUCAGUGGGACACACGUGGACGCUUCCGAGACGGGACAGCGGUUUCAGUCAUACGACACGACAGCGGGCUUUGUCUGUAGGAACUCCGGCCAGAGCAACGGGUCUUGCCUGGACUAUGAAGUGCGCUUCUGCUGUGAACCUGCACUUCCUCCGCUGAUAUCGUCGUUUUACCGGAUUUGACAUCUACAAAGUGCCCGUGACUGGAUCCAUGCUUAGCGCCAACCUACGAACCGCCUGCGAAUCCCAUGGGUUGCAACCAGUGUGCUACAGAGCUAACGAAGAGUCCCAAGUGGGUUACUGGCAUUCCUACUGUCAAACCAUCCCGGUGGGGACGGCCAUUUCCUCAAUGACUCAACAAGUUCUUGCGCACCAUCUAUGUGGUGUGCUCGAUCCAAGGUACUGCGCACAAUUGUAUGACAAUUUUGUAGCUAUACGUGGAUGGCAAACCAGUGAUGGCGCAUGCGGAG